UUCUCUAGAUUAGGGUUUAUAUUUUCUAUAUGGUAUCAAAGCUACUCGACGGCAGUCUUGCGAUCUUGUGGCCUAAGCUACAAAUUGGUCUUCUCUGCGUUCUCGUCUUGAAAUUUUGUGCCCUACGUUUCUUCGAUUCCUUGUGAUUUUUACAAAUCGCCAUGGCUACGACAGAGGUAACUCUACCAUCAUCUCUGGUGUUCCUCGUUUCUAAUUUUCACUCCUUUGUUACUAUUAAACUGGACAGCACCAAUUAUUUGAUGUGGAGAAUUCAGAUUGAGAACGUAAUGCGCGCAAAUGGUUACUUUGAGUUUCUUGAUGGUUCUUCUACUUGUCCUCUUGCACAAAUUGCGAAUUCUGAAGGAAAUCUGGUGCCAAAUAAUAAGUGUGCACUCUGGAAGCUUAUAGAUACACAACUUCUCAUGUGUUUGAUUGCAUCUUUGUCCCAAACUACUUUGCCAUAUCUGUUAGGGUUACAUAGUGCUCAUCAAGUGUGGGAAUCAUUGUCAAAUCGGUAUAAUUCUUUGUCCAAAAGUCAUGUACAAGAUCUCAAAGGGAAAUUGUUCUCCAUUACCAAUACCUCUGCUAUUGAACAUUACGUUGAUACUAUUAAGGAGUAUUCACAAAAGUUGAUUGCUGCUGGCAGUCCAGUUGAUGAGGAUGAUUUGAUUUUCCAUACACUAAGAGGCCUACCUCCUGUCUUUAAUAGUUUCAAGACAACUGUAAGGGCUAUGAGAACCAGGGGUGAUCUUCUUUCUUUUGAUCAAGUGGUAAAUAUGCUUCAUGGAGAAGAUCAACUUAUCCAGGACUCUUCUGCAGAAACUGCUAGUAGUUCUCAUUCUGUGUUGGUUGUAACACAUGGUUCUCAACCAGCACAGGGCCCAAUUUCUACCUCUUUAUCAUCCAUGAAUGCACCAUUUAUUGAAUACCUCAUCUGUCUCUAGUGGUCUAUCUCAGUCUGGAGGUCAGAUUGUUUCUCCUCAGUUGGGAUCUUCUGGCUUCUAUGAACCAGCUCCUACAACUGUUCAAGUUUCCUCUCCAUCUGUGCUUGGACCAUCACCAUCACAUGCAUCUGGAGAGCACUCUCAACCUCAGUACUUCUCUUCACAAUUAUUUCCUACUCCAUUCAGAGGUGUUAUCAGAGGCAGGGGUAGAGGUCCUAGACCACCUUGUGACAUAUGUGGCAGAAGUAACCAUACCACAAAUUAUUGCUAUUAUAAAUCUUCAUUUCCACAGCAGUUUUACUCUCCACAGCAUUUUCAACAAGUAUUGCCAUAUGUUCAAAGAGCUCAGUGGAGGUCAUCUAUUCAGUCUCAGCCUUGGUUAAAUGCUUCUUCUUCUUGGGUGAAUGCAAGUGUACUAAUGUACCAACCUCAGCUUCCUCCUAUGUCUCAACCUCAACUCCUGUCAUCCUCAAGGCCUUCUUUUUCACCUCAGCAGUUUGUUUAUCAACAACAGCUUUCACAGGCACAUCUUGCUGGCUAUCCUACACAGCCAACACAGGCCAAUUUUGCUGGAUAUACUGAUCCUUUCACUGCUGCACCUAUGCAGUCCUUUGGUGGAAUGAUACCAGGAGGAGCAUUAUCAAAUAGCCCAUCCUUCUCAGGGUUUACUGGUGGAUACUCUCAUGUUUCUUCCUCAGUUACCAGUCCAUCUACUCACCCAUGGUUCUUUGAUAGUGGUGCUACCAACCACAUCACUAACAAUAUGCAAAAUUUGGCUAAUCCUCAACCUGCUACUGCACAUGAUGGCAUUAUGGUUGGCAAUGGGUCUCAGUCACAGGCUUCUCACACUGGCAGAGGACAAGAUUACUCGCAAAAUCUUGUACAAGGGACCAUGUCACAGGGGUCUGUAUCCAAUUCUGAACUCCUCUGAGCACUGUUCUGGUCCUCUUUCAUCCACAGCUUUUGUAAGCUCUUCUUCUUCUUCAGCCAUGGUUUGGCAUCAGAAACUUGGGCAUCUUAGCUUUCCUUUGUUUACUUCUUUAAUAAAACAGCAUGGCUUACCUGUUUCUAAGUCUCAUUUGCUUAAUUGUACCUGCUGUAAUAUGGCUAAAAGCCAUAAACUUCAGUUUUCUAGGUCUACUACUUGUACUACUGCUCCUUUUCAGUUAGUUCAUCUGGAUGUAUGAGGACCAUCCCCCAUACCAUCUCAUAAAGGAUUUAGAUAUUACUUGUUGAUUGUGGAUGAUUUUUCUAGAUUCACUUGGUUGUUCCCUCUUCACUAUAAAUCUGAAGUAAAGCAUGUUAUUGCCCAAUUUAAGGCUUAUGUCUCUACUCAAUUUCACACUACCAUUCAAACUCUACAGAGUGAUAAUGGGGGUGAGUUCAUCAAUAAUUUCCUUCUAACCUUGUUUUUGACUAAUGGAGUGAUUCAACAAACUUCUUGUCCUCAUACUCCUGAGCAAAAUGGGCUAGCUGAAAGGAAACAUAGACACCUUAUAGAAACCACUAUCACUCUUCUUCUUCAAGCUAAUAUGCCUUCUACUUUUUGGCUUGAAGCAUUAACCGCUGUUGUGUAUCUUCUCAAUAGAUUACCUCACACUAGUCUUAAUUUUUAGAUUCCAUAUACUUUGUUGUUUCACACAUCUCCUGACUAUAACUUUUUAAAACCUUUUGGAUGUUGUUGCUUUCCUUGGCUAAAGCCUUAUACUUCUCAUAAAUUGAUGCCCAAAUCAACACCUUGUGUUUUCUUAGGUUAUUGUCCUCACACCAAAGGAUAUAGGUGUUUUGAUCCUAGCACAAACAAAGUAUAUGUGUCUAGGCAUGUCAAGUUUGUGGAAACAGAUUUUCCUUACCCAACUUUGACUACCUCUUCUAUUUCUUCUUCUUCUCCUCCUACAUCCUUUCAUGUUCCUUUAACUGCGUUUGAAGAAAUUACUAUUCCUGUUUCUUUAUCUGAUCCUGUUAACCCUCCUGUCACUCUUCCUCCUCCUCAUGUUGUUUCUUCUGCUAAUCCCUCUAUUCCUACAGUUCCUAUUUUCUCUUCAGCUAUUCUUGACCAUUCUAGUUCUGUGUGUCCUCCAAUAUCUCCAGUUUUGUCUUCUGCUCAACCUUCUUCUUUCUCUUUGUCUUCUCCCACUGUGUCCCAUUCAGAAUCUGUUACUUUUGAUCUUGGGAACACGAUUCCUCAAUCUGCUGAAACUUUUGCUCCAAUCUUAUCUUCUCCUCUUGCUGUUUCUAGUUUAUCUCCCAAUCAUUCUAUGGUUACUAGAUCCAAAAAUGGCAUUUUCAAACCAAAAGCUAUUUUUAGUUUGAAUGUAGUUGAUGUUCCUGUUCCUUUGCCAGACAAGGAACCUGUCAAUUUUUCUGAAGCUAUUAGGUAUGCUGUUUGGCAACAAGCUAUGAGUGAGGAAUACACAGCCUUGAUCAAAUAGGGAACCUAGACUCUUGUCCCUCAUCCUUUGGGUGCAAAUGUAAUUGGAUGCCAGUGGAUAUUCAAAAUUAAACGACAUUCUGAUGGAACUAUUGCAAGAUAUAAGGCCAGAUUAGUUGCUAAUGGUAAUCAACAACAUGAAGGGAUUGACUUUACAGAAACUUUUAGCCCUGUUAUUAAACAACCAACAGUUAGGGUCAUUCUUAGCAUGGCUGUCCAUCAUGCUUGGCCUAUAAAGCAACUAGAUGUGUCAAAUGCUUUCUUACAUGGCAUUAUUGCUGAGGAUGUAUAUAUGCGGCAACCCUUAGGGUAUAAGGAUCCUAAUCAUCCUCAGUAUGUGUGUAAGCUCUCUAAAGCUCUUUAUGGGUUAAGACAAGCACCAAGAGUGUGGUAUUCUGUCUUUUCUGGUUUUCUUAUUCAAAAGGGGUUUCAUCAGAGCAAAGCUGAUUCAUCUGUGUUUAUCAAGCAAACGCCUGCAUGACUGACUUUGGUUUUAGUAUAUGUGGAUGAUAUUUUGAUUACUGGAAGUGAUUCCUCCUAUAUUACAGAAUUCAUCUCACUUCUCAGUUCUAAGUUUGUGAUGAAGGAUCUUGGUGCCCUUAGUUGUUUUCUUGGGAUUGAAGUUCUAUAUCAUGGUUCUGAUGUUCUUUUGUCUCAAACCAAAUAUGCCUCUGAUCUCUUAACCAAAGCAGGCAUGUUGGACUGUAAACCCAGUCCUUCUCCUUCCUCAUCCAAACCAGCAAUUUAUGAUCCUGAUCCUGAUUUUUCUGAUGUACAUUGGUUUAGAACUAUUGUGGGCUCUCUUCAAUAUUUGACUCUUACUAAGCCUGAGAUAUCUUAUGCUGUAAAUGUUGCAUGUCAACACAUGCGUAGCCCAAAGCAUAGUCAUUUUGUGGCUGUGAAACGAAUUCUCAGGUAUAUCAAAGGCUCACUUCAUCAAGGCCUGGUUUAUACUCCUAGUAGUUUGUGUUUAAUUAACUGCAUUUUCAGAUGCUGAUUGGGCAGGAGAUCGAAUAGACAGAAGGUCAACCACUGGUUAUUGCUUGUUUUUGGGUUCUAAUCUUAUUUCUUGGAGUGCCAAGAAACAACACACUGUUGCUAGGUCUUCCACAGAAGCAGAAUAUAGAUCCUUAGCCCAAACUGCUGCUGAAGUUACAUGGGUUCAGACUUUGUUGCUAGAACUUGGUAUAUCUGUUUCUGUUCCUCCUACAAUUUGGUGUGAUAAUUUGUCUGCCAUUGCCCUAGCUGCUAAUCUUGUCUAUCAUGCUCGAACGAAGCAUGUAGAAAUUGAUUAUCAUUUUGUCUGAGAGAAGGUUUUAUCCAAGCAACUUCUAGUUCAUCAUGUGGGCACUGAAGAUCAAGUGGCAGAUGUGUUUACCAAAUCUUUAUCUACUGCUCGUUUUCUUUUUCUUAAACACAAACUCAUGGUUGUUGACACACCCAUGAGUUUGCAGGGGCAUGUUAGUAAGAGUCAUUAAGUGAGU